CGCACCUCGCGGGGGUUACCAUAGCUACGGUGCACACAGCAUUUCGGUCUCCGUAGUCGGUCCUGGCUGGCCGCAGGGAAGAGCCGGCACCAUGAAUCACGUAGUGACCAUCGAAGAGCCCCAGGCCAAGCCGCAGGUGUCUCAAACCCGGUGCGGAGGGAGGUCGGGGACCUGGGGCAAAGUCUCUGCCAAUCGAACAUAUGAUUUCCUAUACGAUCCAUUGUUUAUCAUGUCAAGUGAGAAAGACCACAACCAGGCAAAUAUUCAGGCCACCCUGAUUCGAAGCAAACUGAGAAGGGUUCCCAGGUAUAGAACCAUGUUCAGUAGCCUGAUUCAUUAUCCAAGAUAUUCUGUGUAUUGGAGCAAGGCAGAUCCUGUUCCAUCAUUCAUCAGUCAGGACUGGAAGGGACAUGAGGAGAGACACAAAGAAGCCCUCCGGAAACUUGCUGUAACUGACACUUCUUUUCAGAUGCCUAAAGAAGUUUAUGAAGAUCCUGAUGUUACUGGAAAGAAUCGCUAUAAAUAUUUUGAAAGGCCUUUCCUUCCAUUUUAUCAACAGAUGCCAUUCAAUGUUGUUUUUGCAUCAACCAGGGCAGAGCCAUAUACUUUUCCUCCUCCUUCUACUAAGUACCUCUCCAUUCCUUCAAAGUAUACUGUGGGCACUCAGACUGAUUAUCGCGAUGCCGAAGUUCAAACAGACCCGUAUUCUCCAGAAUACAUAGUAUGUCAGGAUUCCAUCCCUGAACUGCUGACCCUGGCUACUCUCACUUGGGGUCGAGGUCUCCCGGCAGGACAAGCUGAGGUAGAGAUGAUAGAACGUGCCCGGGAGAAGCGUGCUUGGGAAGCCACUCUCCCUCCAUUGAGUGACACCUCCCAGUUUGAGAAGAGGAGGAGGAUGAUGAAUGCCAUGGAGAGGAAGGAGUGGGCCUUCAGAGAGCAGGAGAUCGAAAAACUGCAGGAGAUUCGCCUGGAAGUUCUAAAAGAGCUGCUGAAGAAGCGUGAUGAGAAUCAAAAUGAAGUAAACAUGGCGUGCUUGAAUGCCCAGUGGUCUAAACUGCAGGAGGUGAAGGAGGCAAAGUUGGCACAGAUUCAACGCACACAUGUAUCAGCAAUCAGAAAACUUUUGGGAAAGGGAAAGAAUAUAGAAGGGAAGUUGGAGAGAAGAAAUAUCAUCAAGGAUUAUUCUGAUUAUGCAUCACAGGUCUAUGGACCUCUAUCUCGCCUUGGUCGUUUCACAGACAACAACUCAGAGGACUUUGUAGUAAAAAACCACUAUCUCAACACCUAUGAAGGAUUAGUCGAACUUGAGUCAUGUCUCCCAGAAUUUGUGACACAACCCCGAAUCAGACCUCCAAAACCAAAAGUCACUACCACCAAAGAUGGUUUUCUAAAGAGGGCUGCAAGGAUGGACCAUGAGUUGGCAGAGGUUCAUAAGGCACUGUUGGAAAAGAAGAAUAAGGGCCUCGAAGCAAAGAAACCAAUGCGUUUUCUUCAAAGAAAGCCAAUACCUCAACCUCGACUUCCAACUCCAACUUUGGAGUUGAGUUCCAAUGAAGAAGAAGAUAUAGAAAUGGCUGUGAUCUACCUUCAAAAGUUACUCCGGGGCAGAGUCGUUCAGAACAUGAUGUUUGAAGGGAAAGAGAAGCGGCUGGAGUUGAUCCAGGAGCUGCGCACCAGCCACGCACUGCAGGAAGAGGACAGGCUGGUGAAGAAAGCCGAGAAGCAGGUGACCCUGGCCUUGCAGCGACAGAGGAACUUGCACGAGCACAAGGUGUCACUGGUUGAAAACCAUUUGGCCGGACUGGAAGGAUGGGUGCUGGCAGACAUGUCUGACUUCCUGUCCAAAGAGCUGGUGAGACUGCAGGAGGAGAGGAGGGUCCAUGCCCUGGCCAUGCUGGCCGAGCGGCAGCGCAGGGUGCGUGAAGCCGAAGAGAGUGGCCGGCGCCAGGUGGAAGAGAGGCGCCUGCAGGAGGAGGACCAGAUAUUUAAGGAGGUAAUUAAAGUUCACCAAAGUACUGUGACUUCCUAUCUGGAGGAUAUAAUACUGAACACUGAAGAGAAUACUGCAGAAGAACAAGCCAGGGCAGAAAUAGAGAAGAUGGCUGAGGAAAUCAAUGACAUUGCUUAUGAAAUGGAAAGCCGUCGAACUCAGCUUCAGUCAGAGGAGAUUGUUGCCGAGUUGGUUUAUAGUUUCCUGAUCCCAGAGGUGCAAAAGGACUUUGUCAAAGAAAAGGUGAGGAAUGCACAGCAGAAGCACAUCCUCGCAGCCCAUCAGGUCAUCCACAGGCACACAGAAGACAUGCUCGAGAAGCAUUCUGUUGAGCAACAGCAAGCAUCAGACACUGAGCUACUUGAGGGAGAAACUGAAAAUGAGCAAAACAGCUAAGACUAUGAUUUUAAAAAGAAGCUGUACAAAUCAUCAUAGAGCAUUCCAGUCAUCUGUGCUUCUCCUCAGAUGUGCAGCUCUUAUGGGCUUGUCAAUAUGUGAUGCAUGAGGAAAACAGAUUUAUUUUCUUUAAACUCCCAACAAUUUAAAAUGAUUUUCAGUAAUAAUAAUCAAAUGAAGGAGCUUUACUCUCUUUGGUGUUUCCUAGAGGCUCUACUUCAAGAGAAAAUUUUCUCAUGUCUCAUUUCAACAUUUCGUUAACUAUGAAGAUAUGCCAGCU